AAAGAAGGCAGAAUAUUUGAAGUACUAAAAUGCAGACCCCGUCUGGUAGUGUCAUUUAAUUGACACAAAUAAUAAUUUGUUAUUGAAAAAACAUCCCAAAAAGUUUCUAAAUAACUGAAGAUGAAGUCCAAAAGCAUUGUACCACAAACAAAAUUAGAAGAUCAAAUUGAUUCUUUAUGGAAGGAUUAUUCGCUGGAUGCUCCAAGAGUACCCAAUCCUAUUCCCAGUCAUACUCAAGGUCUGAGAAGAACAUGUAUAGUAGUCCAUCUUGUUCUUCCGUUGACAAAAAUCAUUUUUGGACUUCGAUAUAUGUACGAGUGUCCCACAAAUGCUUGGUUGCCCUACUACAUGUUAGUGGGUGGAUUGCUUCAAUUAGCAUUUAUUGGCACCUUGGCCUACAAGCCCUUAAGAAAACCGGCUCUUCUAGGAGCUGUCGGACUAGCAGCACUUGUUUGGAUGCUUAUUGCAUCCAUCAAUAUUUUUGUGGAAUGGAAGCCGGAUUUUUUCUUCGGGGGAUUUAGGUACUGCAACAAAAAUCUGUUCUAUUUUGUAUUCUUUAUUUCAGCUGCCGAAUAUAUUAUAUGUACAGUGCUGCUGUUGUACAUUUGCACACAGUUUGCGUAUAGCAAAGAAAAUGAUAUUACUUGGCAGGUUGUUUAAAUAUUUAAGUUGUUAAGGAACGUUGAUUAGCAAUAAAUAAACAUAAUAUUUAAAUCUA